AUGUGGGCGGAAGAUCUGAUGGCGAACCGUCGCAGUCUACUCCUGUUGUGGAGGCUGCACAGGACGACCGCCAUCAGAAUCGUUAGAGGAUAUCGAACCAUAUCCUAUGUGUCGGCGUCUGUCCUGGCGGCUUCCUUUCCGUUCGAGCUUCAGGCCUUGGCGCCCCGACGGGUGUAUCAACACCUAAGGGGCCUGGGUUCGAGCGGGCUUACUCCCCCUGUUGCCGGGCAAGUGGCCUCGGACGUCCGUGAGGAGGCGAGGAUGGAGACCUGGGAGCGGUGGCACUCCGAUCUCCUCGCCGAGGAUGCGGUGCGGGCUCACCGUGGUGUGAGAGCUGUUCUCUCUAAUUGGGAGGCUUGGAGGGACCGUGGCGGGCUCCCGCUGACCUUCAGGAUGACGCAGGUGCUUACCGGACAUGAAGCGUUCGGGAAGUACCUGCUAAGGAUUCAGCGGGAGAUAACUGACACCUGUGACCAGUGUCAGGAAGAGCAGGACACGGCGCAACACGCGUUGGAAUUGUGUCCAGCGUGGGCAGAUCAGCGCCGUGUUCUAGCUCGCCAUGUGUGA